UUUUUUUCAAUCGAUUAGUACUUUAACAUGUCGCUUCUGAUAACAACGACAGUCCGAAAGUUUUGAAUUCGAAUUUUCUCAUACGUAAAUUUCGCUAUUUUAUAACACCUACUUAUAUUUUUUGUUCUAUGCUAAUUGCAAUUUUUUUUUCUUUAUAAAAUGUAAAAAAACACAUAGCAGUAGCCGGAUACUGAUUUCAUUAUCAUGCAUUUUAAAACGCAACUACAAUAUUUAUUAUAAAAUAAUUCAACCCAACAAUGGAGCGUUCAAAUUUCGUGGAAUAAUCGUCAUAGAAAGAGUUAUUCGCUCUUUAUCAGAUUUAUUUUUGAUAUACCCGCUCAAUGCUCAUCCGCUGAAUACAGUUUACGUAAUUUGAUUUACAAAUAAUGCGUUGCCCAGAUAACAAAAAAAAUAUAUAGUAGAACUUGAAUUCAUUUGUGUAAAAUUGAACAAGCCGAUAAGUAAUGAAUUCGCGAUGAAUUCGAUAGUGAGAUUUAUUGUUUUUCUAUCGGUGAUAAUUUUCGUAUUCGAGACGCGUCCUGUUUUGGCAGAAACAAAGUCACCUCCUUACUUCGUCAAGCAACCUACCACCAAAGAAAUACUGUUUUUCGUACAGACCGACGACUCCACAGAACGACUUUUCGAGAUCCCUUGCGAAGCCAAAGGAAUCCCUGAGCCAGAUUAUUUUUGGACCAAAAAUGGUCAACUUUUCAACUGGACCUCCGAAGGCAAUCGCAUUUCCCAGAAACCUGGCAAUGGGACGCUGAUUAUACGUAAUACCAAAGUCAGCGAUGCUGGCCAAUAUCAAUGUUUCGCCGAGAAUAUUUGGGGUAUCGCUACUUCGAAUUCGGUAAUUGCUCGUAGAAUUGAGUUGGAAUCGUUUAGAGACGAGAUUCCAGUCGCGAAAAAAGUAACCGAAGGUCAGCCUUACAAUUUAACCUGUAAGGCUCCAGGUGGAUAUCCCAAGCCGAACGUUAACUGGUUGAUACAGGAUUACAACGGCAAAGUGAGUGGAAUCGACGACCCUCGAAUCACCGUCGAUCCAGAAGGAACUUUAUGGUUUUCGAGUAUCGCCCCAGAAGACGCUGUUGAAGAUUCGGUUUACUCGUGUGCAGUUACAUCACUCUACAUAAGCGAAGUAAAAACUGGAAGCAAAGUCAUACUACAGGUAGAACCAGCAGAUCCUCCCCAAGAGAUUGAAACUGCUCCAAUACUACAAUACGUCAGUAAAACAGAACAAAUAGCUACAUACAAUCAGAAAAUUCGACUAUACUGCAUAUUCGGUGGAAACCCUUUGCCCACCAUAACCUGGUACAAAAACGGAGAACUGUUGAAAUUUCGAACCGGUACUUUAUCCAAAGACAAUGGUAAAAGCAUAGAAAUAAAACGAGUCAUCUCAUUGGACGAGGGAAACUAUACUUGUGAAGCUAGCAACGGCCACGGUGACCCAAUAUCGCACACAAUCGAUUUGAAAGUUCUAGUGGAACCACGUUUCGUCAAGAAACCAGAAAGCGUAACUAUCGACGAACAAGAGACUGUCGAAUUUCACUGCCAAGCUACAGGAAUUCCACAGCCAGAGAUCAUCUGGACACACAAUGGAAAACCUUUAUCCGAAGCUCCAUCGAAUCCCAGACGCAGCAUUUCUGAUAAUUCCAUCGUUAUUGAGGGGCUUUGGAAAAAUGAUACUGGAAAUUAUGGAUGCAACGCGACCAACAGCGUGGGUUAUGUGUAUCAAGAUGCAUUCGUCAAUGUUCUCGCCGAGUCACCAAAUAUCACCGAAUUUCCUCGAGAUGAAGAAAUUAUCGAAGGUAGCACAGUGACGAUGAAAUGUCGUGCCGAAGGAUCACCCAAGCCUCGAAUAAUUUGGAUGAGAAAUGAGGUAGAAUUAGUUGGUGGCCGAUUUACCACAACGAAAAGUGGAGAUCUAACGAUAACCACUGCCACAUUCAGUGAUAUUGGAGAAUACACAUGCUCCGCACAAAACAAAAUUUCAUCUAUACAAAGGACAUUACAUCUAGAUGUUCGAAGUCGAACAAAAAUAGAUCUCCCACCUGAUUCCUUCGCAAUUGAAGUACCAGCAGGACAACCCGCCAUACUAAAAUGUGUGGUAAUAGCGGAUCCGGCAUUAGAUUUCAAUACUAUCUGGUCUAGAAAUGAACAAUAUAUCAACGUAGAUGAACAGCACUUUGUUCAAGGAAACGAUUCUUUGAUAAUCAAAGAUACUAGCGAAUCAGAUUCGGGAACAUACACCUGUAUGGCUGUUACAAAACUGGACAAUGCCACAGCUGAAAUUUCGCUCAUUGUACAAAACCGUCCAAAUCCUCCGGCAAUUAUUUCACUGGCAUGUAAUGACAGGGAUGCUGAGAUUUCCUGGGAGAACAAUGGGGAUCAUCAAGCACCAAUUAUACACUACAUUAUAGAAUACAGUUCCAAGUCCGAUCCUGAUAAGUGGGACAUACUUAAUGAUGCAAUUCCAGUCACAGAAACCACUUUCAAAGUAAAGAUGGACCCAUGGGCUAAUUACACAUUCAGAAUAAAAGCUGAGAACAAGAUAGGUAUUUCAUCACCUUCUGAACCAUCAUCUGUAUGCUCCAGUGCACCCGAUGUACCAUACAAGAAUCCUGAGAAUGUAACUGCUCAUGCAAUCACAAAAUCUAGAUCCGCAUCUCUAGUUAUACAGUGGGAAAGUAUGCCAGUAUCAGAUCAUAAUGGACCAAAGUUCCACUACAAUGUCUUUUGGAAAGCAAACACCCUAGAAGCAACAUGGGCAAAUCAAAUCAUCUCAGAUUGGGAGAUAGAAGAGCAUCAGGUUCCUAAUGUACCCCAUAAUACCCAAUUUCUCAUCAAAGUCAUUGCUGAAAAUGAGGCAGGUCCAGCUUGGGUGGUUCCUCAGACUGUGAGAUGUGACAUUCCAGCAGAUAUUCCCACAAAAAAUCCAGAGAAUGUGACUUUUGAGGUCACUGAUGAAAGACCUCCAACUUUGAAAAUAUCAUGGGAGCCAAUGUCAGAAAUUUACCAUAAUGGUCCAGGCUUCUACUAUAAUGUAUCAUGGAAAAAAGAUGGAGCAGAAUCAUCAUGGCAAACUGAGACUAUUUCAUAUUGGGAAACAACAGAGAAUGCAGUUCCCAGUGUACAACCAUUUGCAAAAUACCUCAUCACAGUUAUCGCUGCAAAUGAACUCGGUCCAGCUGAACCAGCUGCUGAGCCUAUUACAUUCUCCACUCCAGCUGAUACCCCUUACAAGAAUCCAGAGAAUGUGACUAUUGAUACAAUCACUGAACCUAGACCAGCUGCUUUACAUAUACAAUGGAAGCCAAUGUCAGAAUUGGAUCAUAAUGGUCUUGGUUUCUAUUACGAUGUCUCUUGGAAAGCAGACACACCAAAAUCAAUAUGGGAGAGCCAAACCAUCUCAAAUUGGGAGAUAGGGGAGCAUACAGUACCUGAUGUGCCUGGUAAUACAAAAUUCCUAGUCAAGGUCACAGCUGGAAAUGAGAUAGGUGAAGCGUCAGUAGCUGCUGAUAUACUGCAAUAUGUUACCCCAGUAGACAUUCCAGCAAAGAAUCCAGAUAAUGUGACUAUUGAAGUCACUGAUGAUGAACCAUCAACUCUAAAGAUUUCAUGGGAGCCCAUACCUGAAAUUCACCACAAUGGUCCAGGAUUUUACUACAAUAUAUCAUGGAAAAAUGACAGACUAGAAUCACAAUGGCAAAUCCAAAUCAUCUCAAACUGGGAAAUACAAGAGUUCAAAAUUCCUGAUGUGAGACCAUAUGAGCUAUACUAUGUGGUAGUCAUAGCUGGUAAUGAAAAAGGCCAUGCUGAGCCACUACCUGAGCCCAUCAUAUACAUCACUCCACCAGACAUUCCUUAUAAAAAUCCUGAUGGUGUAACUGUUCAAGCUACUACACCCACAACUUCAGUGGUAUCCUGGAAACCUAUGCCCAAGACUGAACAAAAUGGACCUGGAUUCUAUUAUAAUAUAUCCUGGAAACUAGAUACUUCUGAACUAGCCUGGGAAAGCCAUAUUAUAGAGGAUGCAGAAACAACAGAAUAUACUCUGAACUUACCACCUUAUGAAAAACACCAGGUCAAGGUCAUUGCUGGAAAUACUAAAGGUCUUUGCAGUCUACCACCAACUGUGAUAGAAGGUUACUAUGAGGAAGAGGUCCCCCUUGAAGCUCCUAGCAAUCUAACUCUUGUAGAAAUUCUAUCACCAACCAAAGCAAAUAUAUCAUGGAACCGUGUGCCCAAAGCAGCAUUGAGAGGCAAUUUUGAAGGAUAUAAGAUAGAAAUUUGGCAAGAGUAUAAUGACCAAAAAAAUAACAUGACUGAAAUUAUUGUAGAACAAAACUUUGAUAGCUACAUAAUUGAUAAACUGACUCCUAAUGUCAGGAAUAAAAUCCGUAUCAACGUUUUCAAUGGAAAGCAUGCUGGCCCCUUCAGCGAUGUCUUGGAAAUUAAUACACCAGAGGGAGUUCCAGAUCCAGUUGAAUCUUUAGAAGCAACCCCUCUGGGAAGUACAGCACUUUCUUUGAUUUGGAAACCACCAUUGAAUACAAAUGGAAAUCUAACAGGGUACAAAAUUUACUAUCAAACAGUUUCUGGAGAUGAGUUGGGUCCACUGCAGGAACGCAUACCACAAAUCACAAAUCCCAAUCAAACCAGAGUUAGAUUAUCUGAUUUGGAACCAGACACUGAUUAUACAAUCAUCAUACAGGCAACAACCAAUGCUGGAGAAGGAGAAAAAUUUUUAAUCAAACAAAGGACAGGAAAUUCCAGCACAUCUCUAAUAAUUCCAGAUUUUCAACUAGUACCUGUUGAUUCGGAAAACUUUACAUCAGUAAAAAUAGUAUGGAUGCCAUGUGGUGAGAACAUUGACAUGAAAGACUGUAGUAAUCAAUCAAUAGGGUCAGGAUUUCGCAUAGAUUAUGGAUUUGAAGACAAUGUUGAAUUGGAAACGAUAACGGAAAAAAAUGCAGACAGCGUAAUUAUAAGUGAUUUACAGCCAAACAAGGAAUACAAAUUCCGCGUUAGUUCAGUUGAUGGUACCUUGGUUUCUGAAUCUAAAAUGAAAUCAUUUGAAACAACAAACCCCUCAGUAAGUCUAUUUGACUUACCAGCAGACUCUGCAGAGAACCCCACAGCUGAAGAACAAUCAUCUGACCAACAUGAAGGAACUGUAGAGCCACGUAAAGAGGAAAUUUCAACAACAGUAGAAUCAUCAGACUUUUCCAAAACUAAGACUGAAGAAACAAAAUCAGACUCGGAAGCUCCAAACAUAGGAUGGAUCAUUCUUAUCCUUUCAAUUAUAGCUCUGGUGGUCAUUGUUAUUCUAAUAUUAGCAUAUCUCAAGAAACUAAAUCAAGGGAAUAAAUACAUUGUUCGCGAACAAGAAAUUAAAAAUGGGAGACCAGAUUGCCUUGAUGAUCCUGAUUAUCAGGAAGCAGUGCAACUGUUAAAUGAAGAUAUUCCAGCUGACCCAAAAUCUGAUUCAACUCUCAAACUAGAUAAUGAUGGUAUGGUCACAAUCCCAUUGAAUUAGUCCACUUCUCAAAAUGAAGUAAGAUUAAAUCCUGAAAGUAUUAGAUUUCUCUUUUCUAUUUAUUUUUUUUCGUUUUUAUAUUUUUGUUUUGAAUUUUUAAAUUUUGAUUUUUCUAAAUGUUGAAAUAGGUUAUUAUUUAAUUUUUUUUAAAUAAAGGUUGUAAAAAUGUG